AUGUGUGAAGUAUGUGAAGUAACACUAGUUAAGAACAGCUGGGGACAACAGCAACUGAAUGAUAAGGACAACAGCCAAGGACAACAGCAACUGCAACUGAAUGAUAAGAACAAGAAAGACAAGAAAGACAAGAACAUUGCGGAAAUACAAUGUACGUAG